AUGGAUGGGCAGACACUCCUGAGGAAUAAGUGGAGCUGUUAUGGACAGAAAAUUUGGAACUUUGUUGGGACAGAAAUACCAUCUCAUCUUCCCCUCCAUGAUCCUCAGGUUCAGACAUCAGGAAAUGAUGGGAUGACAGCCAGGAAUAUGGCUCUAGGUAUAAUCUUCUUAUCACAGACCACAUUUGGACUUCUUGGUAAUUCUUUUAUCUUCUUUAAUUUCUUAUUGCUUUACUUCUCGGGGUACAAACUGAACUCCACAGAUUGGAUUUUGAAUUAUUUUGUUGUAGCCAACUGUUUAACUCUGCUGUGUAAAGGAGUGCCCCAGACAAUGGCAGCUUUUGGGCUUAAAUAUUUACUAAGUGAUUUUGGGUGCACUCUCCUCUUUUACAUUCACAAAAUGGGCAGGAGUACAUGUAUUUGCAGCAGCAGUUUGCUGAGUGUCUUCCAGGCCAUCACUAUCAGCAACAGGAACUUCAUGGGGCAAGAGUUUAAAUUCAAAUCAUCCAAGUUCACUGGCUUCUUUCUGUGUCUUUGUUGCAUUCUGAAUAUCCCCUUGAGUUCUUAUAAUCUCUAUUACAUGACUAGAAAGUUGGGCCACAGAAAUAUGACAAUUCUACAAAACUUUGGCAUCUGCUCUGGUUGUCUUGACAAGACUGGACAAAUUCUGCAUACUUUAUUCCUUCCUCUCCCUGAUGCUGUGUAUCUGGGGCUCUUGGUCUGGGCAAGCAUAUCUAUUGUUCUGAUCUUGCACAAGCACAACCAGAGAAUAGAGCACAUUCCCAGAAACAAACAUUCUUCAAAACCAUCCACAGAGUCCAGGGUUAUAAAAACCAUCCUUCUUCAAUUGAGUACGUAUAUGUUCUUUUAUAUAGCUUCCUGCCUCUUUCAAAUGUUUAUGUCUUUCUUACAUAAUCCAAGCUGCUUACUCAUAAACAUAUCCAUAGUCAUCUUUAGGUGUUUCCCAGCUAUGAGUCCCUUUCUGCUCAUGAACCAGUACCCCAUACCAUCUAGCCACUCUGUCCCUUGGAUAAGAAAUUGUCAAGAACCUGAUAUGAUUAGAAAUAUAUAA